AUCAAAUACUGAGUCAAAUUMCAAUAAGUUUCUAUUUAAUUUAUCUUAAUUUUGUCAAUUAACAUUAACAAAGGCUAAUAUGACACUAUAAGCGAGUAAUCCCUCUAAUUCUAGAAUGAUUUUAGAUCCAGUCGAUAUAUCAACUUAWUCUUACAUCGUUAAGACGAUGAAACUUUGUGAAUCUUUCAACUUUUUAUUCGUUUUAGAAGGAUUAAGUAUAGCAGACUUAUUAAAAUAACGGAUAAUUCGCUAACUCUGUUUAUAAUGUGAAGAGAAGCAAAAGGGUUCAGUUUAAUUUUAUCAUCCGGGUUUAAAUACCUUAGCAUGUUAUCAUACAAAAAGGCAUUUUAUCAUAUGAAUAAUAUUUAUGUCACUGUGGGAGAGACUUUCCUUCUGAAUGGUACCACCUAAAAGAUAGACAUCACCGCCUCGCCUCAUGCUUAAAACCAAAAGUCCAUCUUGUACCGUUUUUUUUGUUGAAUAGACGUGAUAUUUCUCUGUUGYGGCUCCAAUUGUGGUGUUCACACACGUCGUUGCAUUUUCAAAAGAUCAAUUAUUAGGCACUCAAGAACGUCUAUUGUCCUAGAAUACAAAUGGUAUGAGGCGAAAAACGAAACAUGGCUCACAGUCGAGACGGCGUGACUCUUAUUAUUGUAAAAUAUUUGGGACUUCAUUUUUUUUAAGUACCGUUCACAUAGGAGUAUCUAGUCUCCGUAGAGUGUGUUUAGAAUCGUUGCCUGCUUGUCGUGAUGUUUACAAGGUGUCAAUCUAUCUAUCGAAGCUAACUAUGACAACUUUUUAGAGUUCCCAGCGUACACAGCUUGACUUCCUAAACGCAAAGACCACAUUCGUCUGAUAGAAGAAUACCUUCUCUGGCAUUAUUGACAACAUCUACUUCAUCCCAUCGCCUGACAGCGGGAAGGGAGUGCAUUUCCUAGUAUUCCUAACAACUAUCCCAAAAUGAAACUCCUUGUAGUUUAUAUAUUGGCUAUUGUGGAAAUUGCUUGGGCUUCAAAAACUGUUAAAUUCCCAUCUACAGCGGUGAUUUCAAACAUUUGUGGUCAAGCCAUUGGAAUCUCAAACACUAGCAACAUACCAAACAGUCACCUAAAGGCAGUUUCUGUGUAUAACAGAGAUUAUGAAACAUAUGGAGCACAUCUCGCAAGAUUAUAUCAUARCACAGGCUACCGAGCACAACCUCUCGUCCACGACAACCCGUGGAUUAUGGUAGACUUGGGAAAGAAGUGGAUCCUAACGGGAAUUGCUACACAGGGGCAUGGAGACAAGAAUGUCCAGGAAUGGAUCACGGAAUACGUCAUUAUGACGUCAUCAGGAUUUGAUUAUGCACCAAUCAAAGAUCUGAAUGGAACAAAGAAGGUAAUAUUACCUUACRGCCACCCGCUUAAUCCGACCACUCCGCUAUAACGACCAGGAUCACACAAGUAUUUUCAUGYGUCGAG